AUGGCGGAUAUUACCAUCAAUUCUGUCGAUUCCUUCCCUCUUGCAGCCUUUGAAAGCUGUUCAUCUCUCAAACGACUCGCCAUUGAGGACAUUGCAACCGUCGACCUUCAAUCGACAUUUGAACACACUUCCACCAAACCUCAGCUCGAGCAUCUUUCAAUUCGCCGCUUUUCUUUGGCCUUUUCACAAAUCCUGGACUGGCUUCUCCGCAAUGAUUCUCCAGACAUCACACAACUUCGCUCGGUCGAUUUUCAGACAAUGAAUUCCGAGGACGUGAAUCGUCUUCCUCUUCUCUUGCAGCAAUGCUCUAACUCACUUACGGACCUCGUUAUCGAUCCUGGAAAUGCCUACCACACUCUGUUUAACCUCAUCGACGGAACCAUCGCCUCUAGUCCUGAAAUGUGUCAUCUCAGCCUUUCGAAUCUUCAUCGCCUCAAUAGUCUAACCAUUCGUACAAGAAUUUGGUUGUCGCAAGAGUUUUGGGUGUCAAGCACUGGAGAAGAGACCAUUGAGGCCAGGAACCUGUUGUCGCCGCUGCAGUGGAUUGCGAACAUCGUUCAAACCUUACCCGAAUAUUCCCCUCUCCAUCACCUCGCUCUCCGUAUCCACUUCAGAGGCGAUCAGGCCGCUCUUAGCAGAGUCGAUUGGAACACGUUGGUACAAGCAGUGACCUCAGACCGCCUCAAGGGCCUGAAGAGCGUCGAACUCUGGGUCCCUCACCAUGACGACCGUGAAAGAAAGUCAGGCGUCAUCAGGGUGCUGGAAAUUUUACAGCACGAUAGGCAUUUGUCUCGCCUUAUCGAAAAAGGACUGUUGGUUAUCAAGGAGGAGUGCGACAUGACGCGGAGGUUUGCUAAAGCCUCUCUAUGA